AUGCCGGACCUGAGCAAGCACAUUACCUUCGAGGACGGGCCCGACGGCCACGACCUCCAUGACGGCCAGUCAAGCGCCAGCGACGAAGACCACAAUGCAGUCGAAGUCGUCUUUGAUCCGUCCAAUCCUUACCGCCGCAAGAGCUCCCUCGUUAGUUCCGAGGCCGUGCCGCCACGGCUGCGGAGGAACCCACCGCCGGCGCCAUCCACAGACAAGGCGCAGUGCAUCGUGCACCACCUGAUCGAGGCCCAGCGGGAUGUGGGCAACAGUGGCAACAGUGGUAACAGUGGCGGCGGCGGCGGCGGCGGCGGCGGCAGCGGCGGCAGCGGCGGUAGGCACCACAUAUCGCUACCGCAUCUGCACAAACAUCCACACCGCGCAUUCAACACCCACGACCAGAGGGACGUCAUCGACGACGUGGACGAGGAAGACUAUGCUGACGAAGAGCCGCAUCAGAGGGCCAAGAAUGGCGGCGUGCACCAUAGCAUCGAUGUGUCCAAGUCAGUAGCUGCCACAACAGGAACGGCCGCUGUCCCAGCAAGCGACCCGAGCGGACACGGCGUGUUUGAUGCCUCGGCUGAGCGGGGACUGGACCGGGUGGUUGAGCCCAAGGGCAGCGGCGGAAGACAUGGCGGCGUGGACGGUAUCAGCAGCAGCAACAACAGCAGCCGCGACGACAUUGAGGCCCUCGAGCACCCACUGCCCCGAGGUCGCCGGCAUACGAUCGUUGAGCCUGUGACCAGCGACAGCGAAGCCGGCCAGGUCGACGAGCACGAGUGGGCGAGCGGCAUCACGCAGCUGCCGCUGGACACGGCCGACGCGAUGGAUGACACAGACCGCGAACCACCACGGCAGCAUCAGCAGCAUCAGCAGCAGCAGCAGCAGCAGCAGCAGCAGCAACGGACACAGACACCGACACCAAAGCCGCAGCAGACGCCCACAUCCGCCCCCCGCCUCGUAACCAAAAACUCCCAAAAGUCACAAAAGUCCAUUGAGCUUGGUUCGCCCAUUGGCGGCAGCCCGCUGGACCGCGUUGGGUCCGACGGGGGCCCAGGGGGCCCCGACAGCAUCAACAGUGACAUUCUGCACAGCCGCCUUCUCACCAAGAAGCAGCUGAGCGAGAUGGCCUGGGGCGUGCGCGAGCUGAGUCGGCGCCUGGGCAGCCUGCGCCUGCGGUUCCGGGUCAAGACCAUUUUCCUGUUGACCAAGAUUUACGACGAAGACCUGCUGCCCAAGACACGCGACCUGACCCUCUGGUUGAUGUCACCGGAGCGCGAGAUCCGCUACACCGUGUACGUGGAGCGGUCCCUGCGGGGCAACAAGCUCUUCGACGUGCCCGGCUUGCUGCGAGAGGUGCACGGCCUGUACGUGGCAGCCGCUGGCGAGGGCGGUGCGGCAGCAGCAGCGGCAGCCGGCAACGGACCCGACGACAUUGCACGGAGGCUGCGCUUCUGGGACGAGGGCAUGUGCCGCGUGCGCCCACACACCUUUGACUUUGUCAUCACGCUGGGCGGCGACGGCACCGUGCUGUACGCGAGCUGGCUGUUCCAGCGCAUCGUGCCGCCUGUGCUGAGCUUCUCGCUCGGCAGCCUCGGGUUCCUCACCAAGUUUGACUUUGAAGACUACCAGAGCAUGCUGACGCGGGCCUUUUCGCAGGGCGUGACUGUCGGCCUGCGUUUGCGCUUCGAGGCCACUAUUAUGCGCAGCAGCCCGCUUGCGCCCAGCGCGCACCCCGGACGAAUCGCGGGCGGGAAUUCGUCUGGGGAGAGCGCCAAGGCGCUGGGCGAGGAGCGCUCCUCGCCGCCGGGUGAGCCCGACGCGCCUGCUACGAGUGAGGAAGAUGAAGCACAGCGCCGCCAGCGGCGGCGCGACCUGGUCGAGGAGCUCAUUGGCGAGGAGAAGGACGACGAGCACACGCACCGUCCGGACGGCACCUACGAGAUCCUAAACGAAAUCGUCGUCGACCGCGGGCCCAACCCGACCAUGUCCUACACGGAAAUCUUUGGCGACGACGAGCACUUCACCUCCGUGCUCGCCGACGGCAUCUGCGUGUCCACGCCGACCGGAUCGACCGCGUACAACCUGGCGGCCGGCGGCUCGCUGUGCCACCCCGAGAACCCGGUGAUGCUCGUCACGUCCAUUUGCGCGCACACGCUGUCGUUCCGCCCCAUUAUCCUGCCGGACACGAUUGUGCUGCGCGUGGGCGUGCCGUACGACGCGCGCACCAGCUCGUGGGCCAGCUUCGACGGCCGCGAGCGCGUCGAGAUGAAGCCGGGCGACUAUGUCACCAUCAGCGCGAGCCGGUUCCCCUUUGCGUCGGUGCAGGCGCCCGGGCGGCGCAGCGAGGACUGGGUCAACAGCAUCAGCGGGAAGCUGGGCUGGAACACGCGGCAGAAGCAAAAAGUCUACAAGGAGUGGGACAAAUGA